ACGUUGAAGUUGAUUUUGGUUGUUUAAUAAAAAUUAUAUUUAUAUCAAUACAUUGCGUUUAUAUAUUUACAGUUUAAAAGAUGACAACUCCUACACUUGGUUACUGGAGAAUUAGAGGGCUCGCUCAGCCAAUUCGUUUACUACUUGGCUAUACAAAAACAGAAUUUGAAGACAAGAUGUAUGAUGUUGGAGAUGCACCAACUUAUGAUCGAUCAGCAUGGACAGACGUAAAAUAUACACUCGGGUUAGAUUUACCAAACUUGCCUUAUUUUAUUGAUGGCGAUAUUAAAUUAACCAUGAGCAACGCUAUUCUUCGUUAUAUUGCAAGAAAGAACAACAUGGUUGGAAACACAGAGCACGAGAUUUGUAGAGUGGAUAUGAUGGAGAAUGAGUUAAUGGACUUUAGAAAUGCUUUUUCUUCUCUAUGCUCUUCCACAAAGCUUGAGGACUUAGAUGAAGCACUAAUUAUAUAUAAGACAAAUGUUCAGACUCGCUUAAAAUUGUAUUCGGAUUUUUUGGGUGAAUCAGAUUUUUUAGCUGGACAAAAGUUAACUUUUGUUGACUUUAUUUUUUACGAGCUUCUUGACCUUCACAAGCUUUUGAAAGAUAAUAUAUUAGCACCUUUCCCUAAGUUAGAGGCAUUUGUGAAAAGAUUUGAGGAAUUACCAGAAAUACACGAAUUCAUGAGUUCAUAAAAACGGAAAAAUGGCUGUCAUUGGUGGGGAGUUACAAAAUACACAAUAUUGUUUACUGCAAUAAAUUCUUAUAAAAUAA